ACAUAAAUUCAGUUAGAAUACCAGAAUUCACGGAUAAUAACAAUCGCAAUGAUGAAUUAGAAGAUGCAAGUUCUGUUGAUGUGAAUUUUCAAUUACCUAUAGGAUGGGUGUUGAAAAGCAAUCAAAAAUUAGGAGGGAAAGGAAGGGAGAAAAGAAUGAAAAAGAAGGAUAAAAUGUCGGCAAAGGAUAUGUAUAAUGAGCUGAUGACAUUUGUUGAAUCUGGUGAAUUGGAAGCUGAAGAUGUCCCUAAGAUAGCAAUGAUACAAAACUGGAUUUCAGCUUAUACACGAACAUUUAAAGAGCAAGCUACAGAAAAUAUGGUAAACAACAUACUAUAG